AUGCCUUCCUCCGAAUAUAUCCGCGCCCACGAUCGCGCCAGCAUCGACUCAGACGAUGACCUUGACUUGGAGGAACUGGAUCCAACAUCCACAUACAAUGCAGCUCGGAUUUCAAGGGAGGAACCACCCCAGCAACGAAGUUUUGGCCCGGGGAUAGCUUUGAGGAAUCUGCGCGUUGGUGCCGGGAAUCGGCGGCUAUGGAAACGAAGUAUGUCUGGAACACACGGGGAGGAGGAUACGGCUGGUUUACUUGACAACCGCGAGGAGGAAGGUCUCCGACCAUCUCAUGGAAGUUCCCGACCGUAUACUGAUGAUGACGCGCCACUCCUUGACGAACGUCGCAGCUCCGUUGCCCCAGGUGGGCGAACGCCACAAAGGAAAUCUAGACUAGGAUGGUUAAAACCAGGUGGGUUGUUCGGCUCUGGUGGUAUCAUGGGAGGCAGGAAUAAGGAAGCCGCAGUGAAACCCCCGCGAGACGUUCUCGUCGGACAGACACAGAGAACGAAAUACCCGCUGAAUACUGUCUCGAACGCGAAGUAUACACCUUGGAGCUUUCUCCCUCGGACGCUUUACAACGAAUUUUCCUUCUUCUUCAACAUUUAUUUCCUGCUUGUCGCCCUGUCUCAGAUUAUUCCUGUGCUACGGAUAGGCUACAUGUCUACGUACAUCGCACCCUUGGCAUUCGUUGUUGCCAUAUCCCUGGGAAAGGAGGCUUUGGAUGAUAUUGGACGGAGAAGACGGGAUGCAGAGGCGAAUGCCGAGGAAUUCUCUGUUCUUGCUCUGGAUAAGUCUGGUGGAGGUAGGAGUUUUCCGGUUGCUGAGAAUGCGCAUUCACGAGAAGAAAACGUUCCGGUGGUCAUCAAGAGAUCCCGAGACUUGAGAGUCGGAGAUGUCCUGAAAGUGCGCAAGAACCAGCGUCUUCCCGCGGAUGUUGUUAUUCUAAAGAGUAUCUCCAACGAUGUCAAUGCUGUUCGCGACGAGGGAACAGUCGCUUCUACCGAGAUCGACCGUACAAAUAACGAAUCGUCGUCGUCUGCUCCUGAUCAGGAACCAGGAACAAGUGCCGAUGCCGAUCAAGCGGAAGCAUCCUCUGCCAGUGAUACUUUUAUACGAACUGACCAGCUUGAUGGUGAGACGGACUGGAAAUUGCGCUUGCCGUCUGCGCUAUCUCAAUCGUUGUCACUUUCGGAUUUCACACGAUUAAAGAUUACCGCAAGCGGGCCGGAUAAACGAGUUAAUGAUUUUGUGGGCAACAUCGAGAUGAUGCCCCCAUCGGGAUUUUAUGACACCCAUGUUGAUAAGACGGACGAUAGAAGUGAAAACGAGGAUGAUGCGGAACAGAACAGCUCUGCGCCGCUUUCGAUUGACAAUACCGCUUGGGCGAAUACUGUUCUUGCGUCGAACACGAUUACAUACGCUGCUAUUAUUUAUACGGGCUCGCAGACACGAGCAGCGCUCUCUACGUCACCUUCUCGAUCCAAGAUUGGGUUGUUGGAGUUUGAGAUCAACAACCUGACCAAGAUUCUAUGUGCUCUGACCUUGACUCUGUCGAUCGUCCUGGUUGCCUUGGAAGGAUUCCAACCAACCAAUGAUAAGGAAUGGUAUGUUGCCAUUAUGAUUUAUCUGAUUCUUUUCUCGACGAUCAUUCCCAUGAGUCUGCGUGUCAAUCUGGAUAUGGCGAAGACGGUAUAUGGUCGAUUUAUAGAGAGAGACAAGGAUAUCCCCGAUACCGUGGUACGAACGAGUACAAUACCGGAGGACCUCGGGAGAAUUGAAUACCUUCUUUCUGAUAAAACGGGUACCUUGACCCAGAACGAAAUGGAAUUAAAGAAGAUUCAUGUUGGUACUGUCUCCUAUGCAAAUGACGCGAUGGAGGAAGUGGCAUCAUACGUCCGACAGAGUUUCGCUGGAAAUACUUUGACCACCGCUUCGGCCGCAUUUGGAACCCAAGCUGGACUUGGAGCUGCGCCACGCACAAGGAGAGAGAUUGGCUCUCGUGUUCGAGACAUCGUUUUAGCUCUUGCAUUGUGCCACAAUGUUACACCAACAACAGAUGAAGAAGAUGGUGUCAAAGUAACAAGCUACCAAGCCUCAUCGCCGGACGAGAUCGCAAUCGUACGUUACACUCAGGACGUUGGGUUAAAGGUAUCAUAUCGCGACCGCCAAACGAUAGUGCUCGAGUCAGCCGACACUGGACAUGUUGUUGUGAGGGUGGGCAUCCUCGACAUCUUCCCAUUCACAUCUGAUAGUAAGCGCAUGGGGAUCAUUGUCAAAUUCGAUACGGAGAAAGGCGUCCUUGAUUCUCCAACAGAGGAGGAAGAGAUCUGGUUCUACCAAAAGGGAGCGGAUACUGUCAUGACCUCGAUCGUUGCAGCCAAUGAUUGGCUUGAUGAGGAAACGGCUAACAUGGCUCGCGAGGGAUUGCGUACGCUGGUAGUAGGAAGGAAGCGACUUUCGCCUCUGCAGUACCAAGAUUUCGCUAGCAAGUACAAACAGGCAUCCCUUUCGCUCCAAGGGCGAGAUAUCGGCAUGGCGAAGGUGGUUAGCGAGCAUCUCGAGCAUGAUUUAGAAUUACUCGGUGUUACUGGUGUGGAAGACCGCCUCCAGAGGGAUGUGAAGCCGUCGCUUGAGCUUCUGCGCAACGCCGGGGUCAAAAUUUGGAUGCUUACUGGGGACAAGGUGGAGACGGCACGAUGUGUCGCAAUCUCCGCCAAACUGGUGGCACGUGGACAGUAUAUUCAUACUGUUGCUAAAGUCAAAGACAAGUCGGCUGCACAGGAGGUCCUAGAUUUCCUCCGAAACAAGACCGACUGCUGUCUACUCAUUGACGGCGAGUCUUUGUCUCUCAUGCUCAGUCAGUUCCGAUCGGCAUUCAUCUCAGUGGCUGUUCUCCUUCCUGCUGUGAUUGCAUGCCGAUGCUCACCAACUCAGAAAGCCGAAGUUGCGGAGUUGAUUCGCCAGCACACUAAGAAACGCGUCUGCUGCAUUGGAGAUGGUGGCAACGAUGUCUCCAUGAUCCAAGCAGCCGACGUGGGAAUUGGUAUCGUUGGAAAGGAGGGACGCCAGGCUUCCCUCGCAGCUGAUUUCAGUAUCACCCAGUUCCACCACGUCACUAAGCUGCUGGUAUGGCACGGUCGGAACUCAUACAAACGUUCGGCGAAGCUGGCACAAUUCAUCAUGCACCGUGGUCUCAUUAUCAGUGCGUGCCAGACCAUGUAUAGCAUCGCCAGCCAUUUCGACCCGAAAGGCUUGUUUAUCAAUUGGCUCAUGGUUGGAUAUGCAACAAUCUACACCAAUGCGCCUGUGUUCUCCCUGGUCCUUGAUAAAGACGUGGAUGAGAAACUGGCCAAUCUUUACCCCGAGUUAUACAAGGAGCUCAAGACUGGCCGCAGUUUGAGCUACCGCUCCUUCUUCACAUGGGUUGCUGUCUCUGUCUACCAGGGUGCUGUGAUCCAGGGCCUGUCACAAAUCCUACUGGAUACCAUCACCGGAAAGCGGCUCAUUAGUGUGUCGUUCACAGCUCUCGUAAUCAACGAACUGCUUAUGGUGGCUAUUGCUGUUACGACCUGGCACCCUGUGAUGAUAUUCUGCCUUCUGGGCACUGCUCUUGUGUACGCUGCUAGUGUUCCCUUCCUGGGCGAUUACUUUGACCUCAAGUUCGUGAUUACGCUGGACUGGGUAUGGCGUGUGGUGGCUGUAACUGCUGUCUCGAUCAUACCCAUUUGGGCUGCCAAGCUGAUCAAGCAGUCUUGGAGUCCGCCCAGUUAUCGGAAAGUGCGAGGAUGA